AUGACCUCCAUUCUCCAGCGUCGUCAAUUCGCUCUUGUUUCUUUAUUUUUUCAGCUAUUCUUUAUCUUUUUAUUCUAUUUAUUUGCCCGUUUUGAUACAGAUGCUGAACGAGAUUUGAUGAUGAAUGAGAGUGAUGGUAGCAAUGGUAGCAAUGUGAAGCGAGUUUUCGUGAAUACGGAUUUCCCCCUUUUUCAAGAUAUUCAUGUAAUGGUUCACGUUGGAUUUGGUUUUCUCAUGGCUUUUUUGAAGAGAUAUGGUUUCUCAGCAGUUUCCGUAAAUCUCUUGCUCACUUCUUUUGUCACUCAAUAUGCAAUGUUGUUGCGUGGAUUUUUGACUCAAUCUUUUCACGAUAGUGGCACUUUUCGAGUGUCUAUCAAUGAAAUGGUUGCAGCGGAUAUCUCUUGUGUUGCUGUUUUGAUUACAAUGGGUGUGUUGCUAGGUCGUUUGACGCCUGUACAAUUUCUUUUGCUCGCAUUUUGUGAGACGACUGUUUCGGUGAUGGUUGAGCAUGUGCUGUUCAAUAUUCUUCAUGUAAACGAUGGCGGGCGUUCCCUUGUAAUGCACGUAUUUGGUGCCUAUUUUGGUCUUGCUGCGGCGGUUGUUGGAAACAAGAGAAAUGUGAUGGAAAUGGAUGCCGAGGGAUCGAUUUAUCACUCGGAUCUUUUCUCGAUGAUCGGAACGAUGUUUCUAUGGAUAUUCUUCCCAACGAUGAACGCGGCUAUUCAAGAACCGGCUGAUGCGAGGCAUCGUGCAAUUGUCAACACCUACCUGGCAAUGGCUUCAUGUACAAUCUCGACCUUUUUGAUCUCUUCUCUCACCGAUCAUCUCGGUCGUUUCAACAUGAUUCACAUUCAGAGUUCAACUCUAGCUGGUGGAGUGGCUAUUGGCUCGGCAGCAAACGCAAUCGUCUACCCGUAUCACGCAGUGGUUGUCGGUAUGAUCGCAGGGAUAAUCUCCGUCUUUGGGCACGCUGUAUUGAGUAAGCGAUUAGAGAAACGUUUCAAUAUCUACGACACAUGUGGUGUCCACAAUUUGCACGGAUUGCCGGGUCUUCUCUCUGGAAUCAUCAGUAUUCUCGUCGCGCUUCUCUAUGCUUACAAGGAUAACUAUGAAAAGAACGGAAUCUACCAUAUUUAUCCAUAUUUUGCUGGCGGAGAGCUUCAAGGUGACCGAGAUGCCUACUCGCAAGCUCUCUACCAAUUGGCGGGAAUGAUCGUCGCGUUAGUGGCCGCGAUUUUGGGCGGACUUCUGACGGGCUUGGUGCUGAGAAUCCGUUUGUGGAACCAGGUCGACGAUCCGGCCUUGUCUCUCGAGCCCAACUACUACGCGAAACAAGAGUUCAGCUUUGCUAGCAAGUAUAUGGAAACGCCACAAGAGAACGCCGAAAUGGACUUGAUGAAUCAUCGGAAUUCACGGAAUAACUUUGAAGAGAUUUAU